UUUUUAAGAUAUCACUAUUCAUAAAUAAACUGUAUAAGUUAAAAAAAAAAAACUUGUAUCUUUACAAAAAUGUUACGGCUAGAAUAUAAAUCUUAAGAAAAAAAGCCCAUUACAAACAUUUCAAAAUAUUGUUAUUUAAAUAUCCUCAACAUUUCAAAUUUCUACGAUCACUUUAAACCGUGUAAUAAAGAUUAUACUUUUGAUAGUUUUUAAGCCUAAAAUUACAGCGGGGUGGCGUCCUCUUAAAAUUAUGUGUUACCAUGGAAUAGAUAAGAUCUUAUCUAUUCUGUGAUAUACUAAGUUGCGGUUGUGUAGUAGAUAAAAUCAUCAUAUAUUUAUUUUGAAUUAGGUUGUUACUAUUCGUAUUCACAUCUAUAUAUAAUUUAGUAUAACUAGAUCAUUAUUAAAAUAAUUUACGAAAUAAAUGAUUUCUAAAAUAAAUUCAAAAAUCAAGUUAAUAUAAAUAAAUUCACUACUACUUAGUAUAUAAUAUUAUGAAGGAUGUGUGUCGAAAAAUUGGAUUGUAAACUUUUUAUUGACAUCAAUUGUAAUUGGUCAUCAAAUAUUGAGGGAAAAGACAUAGAAAAUUGUGUAGUGAUUCAGACAAAAGAAAACUAUGAAAUUGAUUACUCUAGUAUCAUAGAAGAGACUAAUUGUGUUAACUUUUUCAAGCCAAAUGAUGACCAACAAAAAUGUUGUUUAUUAAUUAAUUGCAAACCUGGUUAUUUGAUAAACAAUAUCACUGUUUGUUCAGAAGCCAAAACUAUUGAAUUUUUUGGUAAAAAUAAUGAGUACAUCUCAACCCAUAAUAUUGAUUCCUCGCAAGAAAUAAGGGGAUUCAAUGUUCACUCAAUUAAAACAAAUAACUUAAAUUCUUGCAGUUUGAGUUUAGAAAGGUUGGAAAAUGUAGAUUUUAUUUGGAUUUAUGGCAUAUUUGUUCAAGUUUUGAAAACUGAAGCUUAUUCAUUUAAUUCAAUUGGACCUAUUAAUUUACAAAAUGUUCAAGAUAUGUUAAAUCCUAAUAUGUUAGCAACAAAUGCUUCGAAAUUAUUAUCUUCAUUAAGUAUAAAAAAUUCACCAAAUGUAAAAAAUGAUGUUUUAAAUUCAUUUCUAAUUAAUAUGAAACAUACACAAACACCUUUUAGUAAUAACUGUUGUCAAAGUCUACAAAAUGGUUUUGAGAGACUUGAAAAACAAGUACAAGAUAAACUAUGUCAUUUGGAACAAAAAAUUAAUUUAAUUUCUAAUAAUAUUGAAAUGUUAAACAGAAAAUUUGAUGAUUUAUUAAUUAUUCUUAAUAAAAAUGUUUAAUUCUA